AUGGCUCAAGAAAUUGAAGAACAACAUGUUGAACCACUCUCCUCUAUUGGUCAGCCUUUAUGUGUGAAAAAUUUCAUAUGGGCUGAGGAAGAAUGGCCAACAAUAACUUAUGAAAACUUUGCUGAUGGAGAUGGCAUUCCCACUAUAAGCUUUCGAGAGAUUAAGAGCCAAAAUUACGAGACUUUGUGCAAAACCAUGGUAGAUGCUUGCACCAACUGGGGAUUCUUCAGAUUAGUAGACCAUGGCGUUCCUUUAGAAACCAUUGAGAAAGUGAAAUUGCGUUGGAAUGAGCUUUUCGAUCUUCCCAUGGAGCAGAAGUUGAAGGGUGCUAGAUCGGCCUGCUUGCCGUUGGGCUACUGUGCUACCAAUCCUGAUUACGGAAAAGAUUUACCUUGGGCAGAGAUAUUGCAACUACUUCAGUCACCACAACAGGUUGUUGCAUUUGCAUCAAAGGUUUUUGGUGAUGAACAUCAGCCAUUUAGUGAUGCGAUGAUUGAGUACAUGCAGGAAUUGGACAAACUAGGAAUGACAAUUUUUGAGAUGCUAGCUCAUGGACUAGGCCUCACGGAUAACUUCUUCACACAGAACUUUGAAGAGAAAGAUUCUACCAUGAUCAGGGUUCAUAGAUAUCCACCUUGUCCCCUCCCUGAAAAGUGUCUAGGACUUGGGAGCCAUUCAGACCCCCAUACACUAACAAUUUUGUUACAAGAUGAUGUGGGUGGUCUCCAAAUCUUGAAGAGUGACAGUCAAUGGAUUGGAGUUCGUCCUAUCCCGAAUUCGUUUGUCAUCAACGUUGGUGAUACGCUGGAAGCAUGGACAAAUGGGAGGCUAAAGAGUGUUGUACACAGGGCAGUGGUAAACAAGGAGAAGCAAAGGCUAUCAUCGGCAUAUUUUCUUUGCCCAACAAGUUCUGCCAUCAUUGCGUGCCCUCCUCAACUCAUGAACUCAGACACCAACCCCAGAAAGUAUAGUCCUUUCACAUGGGGAGAUUUCAGGAAGCAACUUCUAGUUCAAAAGAGGGUGCAAGGCAAAACGGCCCUCAAGAGAUAUCUAAUAUAA